UGCCGUACCCCGGAUGAGCCUCUGUUUACAGUGUGAGGCUGUAGUUUCUGUAUGAAGGGUCAGUAUGGUGGCGUUUUACUGUAAUAACCGGAAUUAACUGAUAUAGUUGGUGAAGUGUUGCAGUUCUCACUCGUCCUCACAGCACUGCGCAGAGCGAUGGGAAACGCAGAGAGCGCUGUAGUGAAUAAGCGGCUGCUCCGCUUCCGCCUGGAUGAGAGACCUAUUAUUGAGGGGGUGUUUGACAGACUCCAGAGUUCCAGCUCAGGAAAAGCUCCAGCAGGGAAGCUCCUACUCAUCCACAAUCUCCAGGUAACUAUGAGUAAAAUGGCCCCAGACUCGAUGAUUCAGAGGGUUUUUGAUGGAAUGCUUAGCGUGGACCCUGGGGUGCCACUUCCACCUGGUGGUGGGGUGAGACGAGAGCAGCUGUUGAUUUUCCUGGCAGAUACACUCCGAGGCACAGCAGAGGAGAGAGCACCGCUGGUCGUAGCGAUGUCACACGGAACCAAGACAACUGCUACCACUGAUCAGAUUACAGGGUUCUUGGAGGACUUGAUUUCGGCUGUAGUUCAGACUCUCACGCACAGGGGGCGACUCCGAGGCUGGAGACCAGACCGCAUGGGUAAUGGAUCUCAGGGGGUGAAGCUUUUGGCUGAGCACCUGAGCUCUGACAUAAAACCCUCAGAUCAGAAUACGUGUGAUGUCGCUUGUGUAGAGGACUGGCUUUUCCGAGUCUCAGGAGUCGCUGUAUUUCUGGAGCUCCUGAUUGGUGAGGGUCUUGAGGUUGGGUUGACUUCGUGUACACCGCCUCUUCUGCUGCCGCAGUGUCGAGAUGCUCCCUGGAGUGCGCUCCGGUGUUUGCUAGAUCUACCUCUUCUCAUGUUCUUGAGCCCUCAGAUGCCUGAAGGACACAAAGCUCCCUGGAGGUUGCUGUUCUCAACAAACGUACAUGGGGAAAGCUUUACCCGCCUGGUUGGAAACUGCAAAAGUCAAGGCCCCACUGUUAUUCUGGUGAAAGACACCAAGGGCCACAUAUUCGGAGGCUUUGCUUCUCACAGCUGGGAGAUUAAACCCCAGUUUCAGGGUGAUUCCAGGUGCUUCCUGUUCUCUGUGUUCCCAUCCAUGCGAGUUUUCACAUGCACAGGGUAUAACCAGCACUACAUGUACAUGAACCUGGGCCAGCACACCAUGCCCAAUGGCCUGGGUAUGGGUGGACAGCACGGGUACUUCGGACUGUGGCUGGACUAUGACUUUGGGAAAGGUCACAGUCGGGCUCGACCAAGCUGUACCACAUACGGUAGCCCUCAGCUCUCAGGGGAUGAGGACUUUACAAUGGAUACAGUCGAAGUUUGGGGGGUCGGCAUACCCCCUUCAGAACAGGAACAGGACGAGGAUGAGGGUAAGAAGAGCAUUCUGGAUGCGGAUCCUGAGUUGCAGGCCAUCAUGGAGAUGACUGGGAAAAAAAUCUACAGCCAAGGCCUCAGAGAGCCAGAGGAAGACACAGGAAAUGAAGUAGAGGUUGAAAAAAUGAGAGGAUUAAGGGAUACAUUUAACACAUAAAAAAGACAACAAACUUUUUUAUUGCAGAGCUGCUUUUAGAUGGAUGUUUUCUCAUUUAUUUUGCAUAAUUUAAUCAAAUGAUUGGAUCUCAUGACGGUUACAGCAGCUAAGUUUCGCUAUAUAUAUAUCCAAAUAUAUGCAGAUUGAAAAAAGUUAUUUUGAAUUAAUAAAAAGAGGAGCUGGUUUCCUGCUAUGUGAAGAAUUCUAGAAUCUGCUAAAGACAUGUUAUAUGCUGACCUGUUCCUGAUCAAUAACGAGUAUGUAAGACAUUCAAAUAUACACUAAUACAAAUCAGUGCAAAUCAGUGUUACAGUUUGUGUGUGAUGAAGUGGUUUAUUGGUUGAUAAAAAAAUAAAACUGUUAAUUUA